AUGUCCAAGAUUCAACACAUAAACCCUUCUUCCUUAUCCCAUCUCCCAAGCCGAAUCCACUAUCUCCACUCCUUUCUCGCAUUCAACCCCUCCACUGACGGUCCGCUCAUCACAUCCCUAAAACCGCUUCUCGCCCCACUCCUUCCCACCCUCCUCGACGCGGUCUAUACCCAGCUCCUGUCCUACGACAUAACCGCCAGAUCCUUUCUCCCCUCGCAGGCAGCCAACACCCCCUCCCAAGAACCUGGAAUUGACGAGAAAGACGUUGGAGCCUUGAACCUUAACCACGCCAACAUCAAGCAUCGAAAAGACUUCCUGCGGGAGUAUCUGAUUCGGUUGCUGAGUAACCAGGACUGGAGCCCGCAGAGCAGGUUCUGGGAGUAUCUAGAUAAUGUGGGGGUUGUGCAUACGGGGCGAAAGCACACUGCGAAAAAGAAUUCGUUGAGGGUCGAGUAUGUGCAUAUUGCGCUUUUGUUGGGUUGGCUGCAGGAUGCGCUUGUCGGAGUGGUGAUGAGUGUCAAGGAAGAUGAAGGGGAUGGAGGCUGGACGAUGGAGAGGAAGAUUGAGGUGUUGAGGGCAUUGGGCAAGUUUUUGUGGGUGCAGAAUGAUGUCUUUGCGAGGCAUUAUUGUGAGGACUGGGAUUUGAUGAGGGAGGAGAAGGGGAGGGGCUGGUUGGAGAGGCCGGCUGUGAAGAUGGCAGGUCUGGCAGCUGUUGGGUUCGUGACCGGUGCGACUGCGGUUGCUUUCCUUCUUGCCUGA